AUGAACGACGACAUUCCACUUCAUUCUCUGCAUCCGACAUCUCCUGGAACCAGACAACGUUACUCUGAGGUUCGACCCAAAGACGGUAUGCCUGAUCCGGACCUUUCGGUCAGAAGAAACAGUCGCACAAGGCCCGCUGUGCACUAUAUUAGCCGCUCAUCCUCCAGUGUUUCCAGCAGAAGUUUACUUGGAUUCUGGAUUUUGGGAUUAUGCAACAACUUCGCUUAUGUUGUCAUGUUAAGUGCGGCAAAGGACAUAUUGGAGACGGAUAGUGGUGCUGAAAAACACAAUUUAACGCAGACCUGCCGAGAACCAAUUGUUGAUCGACAAUGCCAGCGCAUGUCAACAGGAGCUGUUUUGCUAGCGGAUAUUAUUCCUGCUCUCGUAGUCAAAGUUACUGCUCCUCUAUAUAUACGCAUGGUCCCAUUUGGGCUUCGUCAUCUGCUGGUUGUCAUGGCACAGAUGUUGAGCUUCAUCCUUGUAGCUGCGAGCAAUAACGUCUCCUUCGCCCUCUUCGGAGUUGUCGUGGCAAGCUGGGGAUCUGGCUUAGGAGAGAUAUCCUACUUGGCUUUGGCAUCGUAUUUUGACUCGUAUGUUAGAAUGUUUUUCAGAACUUUCUUCCUUUUUGUGCCUAGCCAUAAGAUCACUUCAUUGUCUGGUGUUUUAGCUUCUGGUUUGUAUUGGAACUACCUUCAACGGUGCACAGAGUUCAAGUCUGCGAUCCAAGCACCUACGUCGUGCGAAAAAGAAAUGAUCGAUGUCGCCCAGCUCGGCGGAGAUCCGCGUCGUCAGAAUCCGAAAUUGAAAGGCCGCUUCUCGAUGGUGACGAGGAGGGUGAAACCAGUGGUAUUUUUUCAAGCAUUGACUCUUAUAAAAAAAGUGGAGGAAGUCUUCAAAGCCUUUAUGUCACCUGAGCCUUCGAGUCGUGGUGGUUUAUAUCAGGAGCUCAGAUAUAUAACGCCGCUAUUCAAAUAUAUGAUACCGUUGAUAAUAGUUUACUUUGCGGAGUAUUUCAUCAAUCAGGGAUUGGUAAUUUGGAAUUGCUUAGAAUUUGACUGUUCUCAUGGGUUCAGUCUAUCUCCUCAAAGUCAGUAUCGUUGGUAUCAGGUGCUGUACCAAGUAGGUGUAUUUAUUUCACGAUCUUCAUCGGACUUGAUAGCGUUACCAGGAGAAGUGUUACCUGUUCUAGCAAUGCUUCAGGUUCUUAAUGCAACUGUUUUGUAUUGUGAAGCAAUGAACCGUUUUGUAUCGCACAUAUUCAUACUGUUCUGCGUUAUCGUCUAUGAAGGACUCCUGGGAGGGGCUUCGUAUGUGAAUACCUUCAGAGUUAUUCAUGAAGAGAUACCAGCUGAUAGGAAGGAGUUCAGUAUGGGAUUUGUUUCGAUAUCGACACUUUUGGUAUUUUGUUGGCCGGGUUCACUGCGAUUCCAGUCCACAAUAUCGUAUGCGAUAGCCCUCUGUGAUAUUUCCUGA